AUAAGUGUUGACCCAUGUCCAUCUUUUGCACCACAAUGGGUCCUUGAGAAAGGAAAUUUUCUCUCCUUCUAUGUGUCCGACGAAGAUCAGCUCAAAUCUACCACUCCGCAGUACUUUCAACUUUAACAGUAUUCCAAGAUGCCUCCUUCGAAGCCGAAGCCCUCCGAGAUAGCUGCGGAGGCCAAAAAGAAUUACAUUCCAUAUAUCCGUGACAACUUCAGUGACAGAUGGCCGCCUACUUCGUAUACAUGCUUCUCGGACUCGUUGCCGGCGAAGCCUCCACCCCGUUACGAAUCUGGGGAACGAAUGAAUGAAAUGAUGUAUCAUGCUAGAUUUGCCUUCUAUGAACGAGAUCCUGUUGAUCUUGCUAUUGAGUGGGCUGCUGGCGACUCCCCAAUCCCCGUCAUUAUGCCAGCACAUGACAAAAGACCCGGAGGUGAUUGGGAGGCCGGUGUCAUGUCACCAGAAGAGUGUCUCUGCCGGAGAAGCAAUCUUUUUGCAACGCUCACAACUCCCGCAGCUGGAAAUUCGUUGUCUUCCAAUUAUCCAAUCCAAGCAAGAGCGGGGAUUAUCUCCCAGAACGUUGUUGUUUUCCGGAAUGGACCAGAGAAAUAUGAGCCCUGGGAGGAAUAUAAGAGCCUGCCUGUCAUUUCAGUUUGCCCCGUCAAACGGCCAAAAUUGAGGGACCACGACACGAAAUACGCCUUCAAAGAUGAAAAGGAGCUUAUGAGAGACAAAAUUCGAACAUCCUUGCGAAUUGCGGUCUACUAUGGAUAUGCAAACCUCUGUAUCGGGACUUUCGGUUUGGGAUCCGGUUUCGGAAAUCCUCCAGAGGAGGUAGCGAGAAUGUGGAGGGACCUUUUCCUCAAAGAUCCCGAAUUUGUGGGCCAUUUCAACGACGUUGUCUUUGCCUUUGAGCCUCCUGAAGGUCCCAUGGGAGCAAGCGCGAGUUCAUCUUCAUCUUCCAGAGGUUCAUCGUCAAAACAUUCAUCCAAGCACUCAUCCUCGUCCAAGCAUUCGUCCUCCUCCUCAUCAUCGUCAAGGAGCAGUGUCACUUCGGAUCUAGAGACUUUUAAGCAUGUCUUCAGCCCUGCGGUUAUUCACGAUGACUACAAAGGAUCGAAACAUUCCAAAUGGUGAUGAGCGAUGUAUGUUCAGAAGGAUGUGGCUCCGAGACAGGAGGAUUGUCGAUCAGCGGCCAACACAGAGGUUAUGGCAGGAGUCAAGCAUUAGAUGGCGUUUUGAAUUGCGGUACAGGGCGCACGGGAAUUUG